CUUCAGUAUUUCUAUCGGCUGUCUGAAGCGUGGUCUGAUGGUGGUGACAUUAUGGCGGGCUAUGUCGUAGCUCGCUAGUCAGGGCGAACCCUGUACCAGCUAGCUAAUAUUAGCAAACGAAACGCUUCUUGCCAUCGCUUUCACGAUCUCCAGUUACCACAGUGCCCAGCCUGUGAUGUGUACUGGGCGAAGCCAGCAGUAAGAGAGGAGCCUUUGCCUUUCUCCACAGAGCAGAGAGGGUGGCUGCUGACCGCUCUGCCUGCUUCUUACCCUGGCCACACCCACUGAGGAGAAACAGAUAUUGUGAUUGAGUGUGUAGUGACUUUUCCACUAUGGAGGACAGUAUGAGCCCAGAGCGUUCUCCCGCUCCAGGGCCAGAGCAGAGCCAGGACCCUCUGGAUAUCGGCUCUCAAGCCUCGGUAGCAGCGGAGGAGAAGGGGGAGCAGACUAAUGAGGACGCCAAGCCAGAGGAGUCCGAGAAGUCUGUGAAGGCCGCCGGUGAGUUCAAGAAGACCUGGGGCUUCCGCAGAACCACGAUAGCCAAGAGAGAGAUGCCCGGCGACACGGACAGCCAGGACGGCCGGAACGCGCCCGUGCGCCGCAGCGGCCGGCAGGCCAAGCGCACCGACAAGAUGGAGGAGUUCCUGUCCACCGCCAAACGAGGCCGGGGUGGGAGGAGGAGCGCCCCCGCGCACCUGGAGGCCUCAGACCCGCCGUCCCAGACGCCCACCGACGCCGAGACCGCCUCCGAGGCCAGCUUCGACGGGAACGCCGAAACGAAGGCCACCGACGACAAGAAGUCCCCCGAGAGGCCGCGGGCCCGCCGGAGGAGGGCUGCGGCCAAGCCCAAGGGCGGCUCCGUCAGCGACAACGGGAGCUCGGAAAACGAAGACGAGGACAACGAGGAAGCGCCCGCCGUGAAGGAGGAGCAGACGACCCAGGAAGCGGGCAAGACUGGGGACCCCGAGUUGCAAGAGGGGACCGAGAAAAAAGAGGAAGAGGAAGAGGAGAAGGAGGGAGAGGAGAAGCCCGCCGCUGAGUCCAGACCGGCGUCUGUAAGCCCGGCCAGGGCUGCCAGCAGGGACUCCACACCUGCCAAGAAAAAAGUCACUCGGCCUAGAGCGGGGAGGAAGGCCUCUAAGGACAGGAAAGGGGAUGAUGAUGAUGACACUGAUGAAGAUGAGGACUCCUCGGAUAAAUCUGACGACGAGGGCUACGAUCCCAAUGCGUUAUAUUGCAUCUGUCGACAGAAGCACAACAAGAGGUUCAUGAUCUGCUGCGAUCGCUGUGAGGAGUGGUUCCACGGCGACUGCGUGGGCAUCACGGAGGCGCGCGGCCGUCUGCUGGAGAGGAACGGGGAAGACUACAUCUGCCCCAACUGCACCGUGCAGAAGAGCCGCUCCACCUCCCCAGCCAGCGCCUCUGAGGGCGACAAGCGCCCCGCCCGAAAGGUUGGCCAGAACUCUGCUGAGCAGACUGCUCUCUCUUCUGGAGUGGAGGACAAACAUGGCGAAGACCUGGGCAUCAAGGGGAGGAUCGAGAAAGCCACCAAUCCAAGUGGGAAAAAGAAAAUUAAGAUAUUUCAGCCGGUAUGUGAUAAACACAUAACACAAACACAGGCCGCGGAAGCAACAGCAGCAGCCCCAGCAGCCGCGCUGCCCAAGUGCAUAGGCCCGGGCUGCGGGAAAAACGCUCUGCCAGACUCCGUUUACUGCGGUAACGAUUGCAUCCUCCGGCACGCCGCGGCCGCCAUGAAAUCCAUCACUGACGUGAAAGAGACCAAACCAAAGGAAAAACCCAAGCCUAAAGGACAGAAGAAACCCACCACAAGGUCUACUGUCAAGAAGAGAUCGGCUGGAAGGAGGUCCACCGAGUCUUCUGGUCAGCCAGAUGAUGACGACGACUCCGACAGCGAAGAUGAGGAGGAGGAUGAAGAGGGGGAGCGCAAAGAACAGGAGCCAGCCGUUGCAUCCUGGUCCAGCGACCAUAAUUACAAUGCAGUAACGCCAGAAAAGACUGCUCCAAAUGCUUCAUCUGUGUUUAACAAAUCGUCUGGAAAGGAAAGUGAUGAUGAUGAUGAGGAUGAGGAUGAUGACGAAGAAGCCACAACCAACCGGAAGCAGUCUCCCGUUUCCUCCACGCCCCCAAAGCCAAGCAAGAAGGUCCCUGCCUCCCCGGGUGCCAAGACACUUGCCAAGCGGAAAAAGCACACCUCUCUGUCACCCGGUCGAGGGCGAGCCUCCAAGAAACCUGCCCUGCCCCCAGGCAAAGCACCCAAAACCAAAAAACCCAGCCCUGCUCCACCUGCCCUUCCACCUGUAGCCCCUUUGCCAGCGGGGCCCCCUGCCUCCAGACAUCACGUCACUGGGGCCCUGAGGGUCAGCAAGACAAACUACACCAUCCCGAAGAAGCAGCCACAGCCGCCUACGUCAGGCCCAUCUCCAGCUGUCAGGCCCCCACCUGUGUCCUCAGCCCCCCCAACCUCUACCUCAUCUGCCCCUCCCAGACCCCCACCGCCUGCUGCCGUUACACCGCAGCCCCAACCCCAACCCCAACCUCAACCCCAACCCCAACCAAACAACCAAAUCAGACAGAACAUCCGUCGCUCGCUCACAGACAUUCUGUACAAGAGGGUGAGCGACAGCGAUGACCUCGCGAUACCUGAGAGCGAGGUUGGAAAACUGGCGGUCAACAUUGAGAAGGAAAUGUUCAACUUAUUCCUCAACACAGACAACAAGUACAAGAACAAGUACAGAUCCAUCAUGUUCAACCUGAAGGACCCUAAAAACAAGGGGCUGUUUUAUCGAGUUGUAGGUGGUGAGGUCAGCCCCUUCAAGCUGGUGAGGCUGAGCCCGGAAGAGCUGCUCUCCAGAGAGAUCUCUGAAUGGAGACCGAGGGAAACCCCAGAGGUCCUGGACCCAAACCCAAGGCCCCCUCCACCUGGGCAGUCAAGGCCCACUCCAAAGCUGGAGGUGGCACCCGAUGUGGACAUGGAGGAGUCUCCUCCUCUGUCUGAUGGAGACGUAUGUAUCCCUGCCUCCUGUCCGUCUCCUGGCAUGGGCUCUGCUGCAGAGCAGGAAGAGCCUCGGCCAUCUCCAGCCCCAGCUCCGGCUCCAGCAUCUGCCCCUGCCCCGGCCUCUGCCUCCGGUCCUGCGGUGAAGACUAGCCAGGUCAACGUGGCUAGCCCCGUCCCCGAUAUCUUCAGCAGCAUGUUGAAGGACACCACUGCCGAGCACAGGACUCAUCUGUUUGACUUAAACUGCAAGAUUUGCACAGGCCAGAAGUCUGCUGAUGAUGAGCCCCCGGCUAAGAAGCCCAAGCCGUCUGCCCCCGCCGUCGUCAAGAAGGCAGAGGUCAAGGUCAAGCACGAGCCGCGCCCCUCCAAAGCGGGCGGUUCCUCAAGCGACAGUGCGCCCAUCGCACCCCCCGGGGGCGAGACACCCGUCACCGAGUCUCCGGCCUCGCCAGAAGACGCCUGCGUCGCGCCCGCGCCAAGCCAGUCGUGCGCUCCCGUGGCCAUCCCCGCGGUUUCCUCUGUGACCAUCACACGCCGGGACCCGCGCACAGCCGGCUACCGACCCCCGGUCCCCGCCACCCCAGCCCUGCCCGCUGUGUCCAGUACCUCUGAGCCGUCCGUCACUGAGACCAAGGCAGCCCUGCCCCCGCCCCCACCCCCGCCCCCUCCUCCAUCCGCCCCCAAGUCCAUCCUGCUGAAACCCAACGCCUCGCCGGACACCCGCUUCUUCAGCACACCUGGAGCCAGUGGGCCGGACUCCCACUCCCCUCAGGAAAGUGAAACGGCCAUGUUCCUCUCUGGCCAGGAAAUGAUGUGGAAGGGUUUCAUCAACAUGCACACCGUCGCCAAGUUUGUCACCAAGGCCUACCUGGUGUCUGGAUCCUUCGAGCACCUGAAGGAGGAUCUGCCGGACACAAUCCACAUUGGUGGCCGAAUCUCUCCACACACAGUGUGGGACUACGUGGGGAAGCUUAAGACAUCCCUGUCAAAGGAGCUGUGUCUGAUCCGUUUUCACCCAGCGACGGAGGAAGAGGAGGUGGCCUAUGUCUCUCUCUUCUCUUAUUUCAGUAGCCGACGGCGUUUCGGCGUGGUCGCCAACAACAACCGCCGCAUAAAAGACCUUUAUCUCAUCCCGCUGAGUGCCAAGGAUCCACUGCCCUCCAAACUCUUACCCUUUGAUGGGCCAGGACUAGAACCGGCUCGACCGAAUCUCCUCCUUGGAUUGGUCAUCUGUCAGAAGGAAAGAAAGCGAUCUGCAGCCUCCCAGGAAGGUGAUGAGAAGAGGUCUAAGCUGCAGGCUCGGGACCCUGAUGACACUGGCCUCCCCAAACCACCGGCCAUUCCCAGGUCUGAGGCCAAGCAGGAAAAAACCCACCUGUACAACCUAGAGGCUUCUGCCAGUACCACCCCUCCUGGUUCCCCUCCUUCCAUGGGCUCUUCUGAAUCCUCAUCAAGUUCCCAAGUCACCCCAUCAAUGUUGUCGCUGGUGUCCUCACUCAAGGGUUCGGCAGCUGGUAGCUCAGGCAAGGACUCACCCUCGUCCUCUGCCUCUAGCUCUGCCACCCCACUUCAGACUAUCCUGAAAACACUGUUUGGAAAAAAGAAACAGGACUCUGAUGCCUCUCUCUCCCCGUCUGAGCAUGCCUCUGUGGAGGCUCUGGUGCCAGUCCCACUGCUUGACCCGAUUGUCCAGCAGUUUGGCCAGAUCUCCAAGGAGAAAGAAGUAGAUGAAGAUGAGGAUGACAGACCAUAUGACCCUGAAGAAGAGUAUGAUUCAGCUAUGGGUUAUGGAACAGAAGUGCCUGUGGUCACAGGAAAGGCAUUUGAGACCAGUAAGCAGGCUGAGGCUGCUGUUCCAGCCUCCACUGCAGAUGUGGAUGAUGUUGCCUAUGAUCCAGAAGAUGAAACUAUCUUUGAUGAAGUGAAAGGUGGUGUUGAAGUUCCUGGCCAGGCUAAAGCUAAACCCACAUCUGAGGGUGAGGUGGGAGGUUCCACAUUGACUGAGCAACAGAAGAUGCUGGAUGAGCUGAACAAGCAGAUAGAGGAGCAAAAACGUCAGCUGGAGGAGCAGGAGGAGUCUAUUCGUCAGCAGAGAGCAAAUGUAGGGGUGUCCAUAGGAGAUACUUUGUUGACUUCACCUACAAAAUCCCUGUUGGCUAAUAGUCAGCUACUAGUGCUAGGAAAAAAGGCAGAGGAACUGGUGGCAAAGACUCCAGUAGCCCCAGUAAUUAAUCAGAGAAGGGACCCAAGGCAGAGCAGGGACCCAAGGCAGGCAGCAGCUAAUCGGAGGCUCACGUCUGACUCUGUGGAAAAAGAGGAGGCCUCUACAUCAGCUACAGUUGAGGACACAGUUCCAGUACAGGCAGACAUCACAAAGCCAGUUCAGUCCCAGCCAGAAAUGGAGACACAGGCUGAGGUGAAACAGGCUGAGGCUGUCCCAUUCCUUGAUACAAAAGACACUGAAGUAGUUAUUCCCUUGUUGGGAGAGACGGUAGAACCUGACAUGGAAGAUCUUACUGAGCCCUUUACUGAGCCUGUUGAGAAACCCAAUGGGGAUUCUACUAAGGCUGAGAUUGAAAGUAACCCAUACACUGCCUGGCCCAAUUCAGCCAGCAUUUUAAAAGCCAAGGAACUUUCAGAUCUGGAAAAGUCGCAUGAGCAGUCUGUUCCUGACCUAGCCCAGACACAAACCUCAACCCCUUAUUAUAGUACACAUGGGAGCAGCAACCCUACACUCCCCAGAAAUCCCCAAGAUACAGCACAGAGCAACACUUACCCACAAGACUCUCAGGCUCCCCUUGUGCCCCACAUGGCAAUGUCAAACCCAGACUUCGGCAGCACUCAGGAAAUGCCGCCUCCCAUACCUUUCCAGCCCCCACUUGGCCCCCCACCUAUGCAGGGAAUGCCCCCGAUUCAGGGACCUCCUCCUAUGCAAGGUGAGGGAGACCAGUCCCAGUACAGAGAUCCGUCCCACUUUGGGCCCCCAGCACCUUACCCACCUUAUCAGAAUCAAUGGGGAGGACCCCAGCAGCAGUUUGAUAGCCCUCGGGGUCCCCUGCCCCAACCCAUGAUGGGGCCACGAGCACCACCUCCAUUUCAACCUCUUGGUCAGAGGGGACCUCCCCCUCAGAUGUUUGAUAGUCCCAUGGGUUCCAUACCUCCACAACACAUGGGGCAAAGAGGUCCACCUCCAGGACAAUUCAUGGAGGGUCAUGGUCCUCCACCCCCUCCUUUUGAUGGGCAAAAUGGCUCACUCCAGCCAAGGUUCAAUGGGCCCCCACCUCCAUUUAAUUUUUCAGGACCUCGAGGCCCCCCUCCACCUUUUGCAGGGCCACCCCCUGUCCACUUUGAUAACAGAGCCCCCCCACCAUCCCACUUUCCUGGACCAAGAGGGCCCCCUCCACCCCAUCAGUUUGCGGACCAUGGGCCUCAGAAGCCCUUAUUGGAUACGCCAAGAGGCCCUGAUGACCAGCAGUAUGACAACAGUAGCAGCACCUAUCAGCAGGGGUUAGAGCAGCACCAGGGACAGACGCCACCACCUAUGUAUAGAGAAACCCCACCCCCUUCACAGGCCCUAUCCUACAGGGCCCCACCCCACAACCAGUUCGAAGCACGGAGGGGUCCACCCUCUGGCAGUGAAAUGGGACCGCAACGUUUCACCCCUCCCAACCAGUUUGGAGGGCCAAGAGGACCACCGCCACAUGCUCACAAUCAGAGGGCCCCUUCACCUCAACACAGGGGCUCUUUUGAAGAUCAGCGAGGUCCUCCGCCUCCAGAUUUCUCACCAAGGCAGAGAGGUCCUCCACCGGCACACUUCAGUGGGCCACGGGCCCACCCACCAACCCACUUCUCGGAAAGUGGGGGAGGAGGACAGCCACGGUUCCACUUUGAAAACCAUCCACCAGAUGGCAGACCACUCCGGCAUGCUGGUCCUCUCCUCCCCACUCCCCCUGAUGGUCCCAUUCAGAUCCCAAACCGCAUGGGUCACAGCCCUGAACCACAUCGUGAAGAUCACUGGAGGCCUGCACCUGACUUGAGAAGGAGAGGUAGUGGCAGGGAUGAUUCAGAGCCACGCAACAGUGGAGACAGGCCAAGCAGGUUUGAAGCCAGCCACCGUGAGAGGGAGGGUAUUCAGGGGCCCACCCGUAUUUCUGAGGAAAGGCAGAGGGAUGUGUCAGAGGACAGGAGGAGAGAGAGGGAUGGCGCUCAUGCUGGCAGGCCCUGGGAUAGGAGCACAGGUAAACGCUGGAGCAGGGAGCGAGAUCGGGAGAGGGACCGGGAGAGGGACCGCAGCCGAGGCAGGGAGGGGGAAAGACACAGGGAAGCAGAUGGAGACAAGAGGCGAGACCGAGACCGUGACAGAGAACGUGAACGGGACAGGGGCAGAGAUCGAGACUCUGACCGGAGAGACCACGAUCGCGACAGAGCCAGGAACAGAGACAGGGACCGCGACCGAGACAGGGAUCGCGAACGCGACAGAGACCGGGACAACAGAGACAGGCGUCGUGAUCGGUCAAGGAGCAGGGAUAGAGAACGUGGCAAAGACAGAGACCGAGACCGUGGAAGGGACAGAGACAGGGAUAGGGACAGGGAAAGGGACAGAGACAGGGAAAGAAAGGAGAGGAGUAAAAGCAAAGAAAAGGGGAAAGAAAACAAAUCAGAAGCUCCAAAGGAAAGCGAAAAACCUACUGAAACUGAGAUAGCCGCUAACAAAAACACGGCCUCCUAAUUUCUGAUUUUAUGCCAUGGUCUUCAGAAGGACUUAAAUUUAUCCUAUGGCUAUAACAAAUAUCUUGGACUAACUUCUAAAUGGACUCACUAAGGAACGGUUUUCUACAUCUGUAUAAGAAAAAUCAGGCUUUGGUUAUGUUCUGAGCUAUUGCUGUUAGUGUGUCUAUAAAGUUUUUUCUACUACAUUUGUUCCUUCAUAUUUUAUCUGUUUUAUCACCUUUUCAAGUGACUGAUUAUGAAAUCAUUUGAGUUAAAUAUCUGUGUCAAGUUGGAUUGUGUGAUGCAUUAUCACAAACCACUUUAUGAAAUUGGUGAAAUCAACAUACAUCACUGAGAAUGUACCUGCUACUAUUGAAGUACUUUUUAAAUGAUACAGAAUCACUUCCAUAGUUAAAUACAUUGAACACACCACACAACUGUUCCCAUUGAGGAGAUGUAAAUAUUCAUGUACAUGUGUAUAUAUAGGUAUGUUUUUUUAUCACAUUUUUCUAAGUAGCAAACUCAUAAGCCAUAUAGCUUUGAAUGGAUAGAUGUGGAUACUGAAGAAUCUUGGAGGUCUCAGUUCGUAGUCUCAAUUACGUGCUUGUAUGUUGAACAGUUUUAGUUCAGGAAGGUAAAAUAUGGCCAGUCACUGGCAGUUCUUUUGAAACCUGUCCUGAUUUGUUUAACCAAUUAAACCUCCUUUAAUUCUGGAAA